AUGCGACUGUUUGAGUAUAAAUGCGGAGUCCCGGAAGAGCCAUUGGACCGAUAUGAACCUGGAGGUUAUCAUCCAGUGCGUCUGCACGACGUCUUUGCAGGGGGAAGAUAUAAAGUCAUUCAUAAGCUGGGUCACGGGAGCUACUCGACUACCUGGAUUGCACGGGAUUCUAUGCUUAGCAGAAAUGUGGCUCUCAAAAUUACAGUGGCAGAAGCCUCGUCUCCAAACAAUCGUGAGCGCCGAGUUCUCCAGGCUCUGUCGGAACCCAAAACCACGUUGCAGUCGGAUCGGAUGCACAUCAUGCAGCUGCUGGAUGAUUUUCAGCACCACGGGCCCAAUGGCGUUCAUGAUUGCCUUGUCUUCGAAUUACUGGGUCCAAGUGUCGCUAGCGUGGUGGAGAAACAAUGCACCGGCGACAGACUUCCAGGGCAUGUUGCAAGGAAGGCGUGCAAAGAGUUAGGUCUCGCACUUGCAGUCUUGCACAGGCAAGAAGUUGGCCAUGGUGACAUACAUACAGGAAACCUUGCGUUCUGUGUGCCAGGCCUUGACUCAAUCUCAGAGGACAAGCUAUUCGAGAUUUACGGUGUGCCCAAGACAGGCUCUGUUACUCGCGCUGAUGGCGGCUCGCUAAGGUCCGGAGUCCCAGAUUAUCUAGUAUGGUCUGCUUCCUGCCCUGCUAGCGGACUCAAUCUCGCAGAAUCUUAUGUGAAACUAAUCGACUUUGGUGAAUCGUUUUUCUCCUACGAAAAAUCCAAAGCGUUACACACACCAUUGGCACUAAGAGCGCCUGAAGUAUUGUUCGACGAGGAGUACGAUUUUCGAGUGGAUUGCUGGGGUUUUGCUUGCGCAAUAUUCGAAUUGAUUGUCGGUUAUCCGCCUUUUACUGGCAUCAUGGCGAAAAAGGAAGAUAUACUACAACAAAUAGCCGACAUGAUAGGAGAACCGCCAGAAAAGUGGCAACCGAAGUGGAAGGUGCUGCCAAAGUGGGACCAAAUCUAUGACGAAGAUCCAGUCUACAAUCUGGAACAGUGGCUGGAUCUAACUUACUUCGAUGAUGGCAAACGCAUCGAUUUCACGAGAGAGGACAUCAAGCAGGUUGCAAGAAUGAUUAGAGAGCUGUUGCAGUGGUGUCCCUCUGAGCGUUCAUCAGUAUCAGAAGUCUUGGCCAACGAGUGGUUUCAAGAUUGCUAG